AUGGAUGGCGCGGAAAAUGCCACUCCCGAGACAACGAGGAGUCGGCAGGCUUCGACCGCCUCAGAAGGAGAACGACCUCCCCUUCCUCCACGACCGAGCGAAUUGAGCCUCAUGCAAGCCAUGCCCUCUACAGGACACUCUUCCCGCCCGCCUACUCGAGGUCUCGUAGCAGGGGCAACAACGGCGGUGUCCAUGACCGAUGUAAACGCUUACAACCGACCUGACGGCUCCAAAGAACUGCGCGUCAGUUCUUCUCGCACACCCUCCAACCACUCUAUUCGCCCCUCGCCCAGCAACAGAACCAGUGAUGUCGGGGAGGACAACUCCAGCAUCAGAAGCUAUGCACCCAUGGGCCGGUAUAUUCAAGAUGCGGAAAGCAUAUUCGAGGGAGAUGUGCAUGAGGAACAAAAUCUGUCGGCAUCAGUAAGCAGUUCUCGAGGAUUGUUCGAGACAGAGUCGGAGAGCCUGUAUGACGAAGGGGACGUUGAUUUCGACAAGGAGUUUGAAGAGGUGGACGAGAAGGUUGUUGGUGAAGAGGAGGCUCAAAAGCACUGGAUGUCGAAGCGCAAGCAUUUCAUCAUCUUGUCUGCGGCCGGUAAGCCCAUUUAUACUAGGCAUGGAUCGGACGCAGUCAUCUCGAGUUACGUGGGUAUCAUUCAGGCUAUCAUCUCCUCCUACUCAGAGGCAGGUGACCAGCUGGGAAGUUUCCAAGCAGGUGGAGUAUUGUUUGUCGUGCUUUCACAGACAAAUUUGUUCCUAGUAGGAAUAACAAGUCUUCCGGAAAGUGAGGCACAGGUCCGAGUUCAGCUUGAAGCCCUCUAUAUGCAGAUCUUAUCGACUCUGACAUUACCAACUCUGACGCAUAUCUUUUCGGUCCGUCCGUCGACCGACCUCAGACGGCCAUUGCAAGGCACUGAAGUACUGCUGUCCUCGCUAGCAGACAGCUUUACGCGAGGUUCGCCGUCCGCGCUCCUGUCGGCUCUGGAAUGUUUAAAGAUCAGAAAGUCGCACCGUAACAUCAUCAACAGCACAAUGAUCAAAGCCCGAGUAGACGACUUACUCUAUGGGCUUGUGGUCGCUGGAGGGAGACUGGUCAGCGUCAUCCGACCGAAGAAACACUCUCUGCACCCAAGUGAUCUGCAACUGAUAUUCAACAUGAUUUUUGAAGCCGAGGGUGUCAAGGCCGGUGGUGGAGACUCUUGGAUUCCAGUCUGUCUCCCUGGCUUCAAUAACACUGGCUAUCUAUACAUGUACGUUAGUUUUCUUGACAUGGGUGGCGAGCAGGUCCGGGAAAUGGCCCAGAACGAACGCAUCGCGAAAGAGGACUCGGUGGCUAUCAUCCUCCUGAGCGCCAACCGAGAGAGCUUCGAGGAUUUGCACAGUAUGAAGAAUUACCUUGUCCAUGAGUUUCACCGGAACAAGAGCAUGCACAUCAUCCAGACAGCUGUACAGGCCGGCCGACCUGCACCCACAGACAUCGUUGCCGGCACCGUCCUGAGGCAUUUCCUCUACAAAUCCAAAGGCAACGUGCAAUUCUUCAUGCCGUCGUUCUCGCCGGGCUUUGAGACACUGAAACAGCGACGACGGUUGAUGUCGUUGUACCACAAUCUUCAUGCCAGCGUGCAUGCCAAACAUGCAGCUGUCAAGGUCCACCAUAGUGUGGGCGUGUCGGCGACGGCGCUGGCUUGGGUCACACCGAUGUUUGAACUGUAUUGUGUCGCGGGUCCAACAGCCUCGAGGAGUGCGUUGGCCCAGAGCGCGAAUAAGGUGGUGCAAUGGAUUCAGAGGGAGGAAGAGCGGAUAUUUAUCAUUGGUGGUGCGGUAUUUUGA